AUGUCAUCGCCGCUCUCUCUCGUACCGCCCGAAGUCAUUCUCGAGAUAGCGUUAUACGCUCAGCAUCAAUGGCAUACAGACAUCAUGUCUCCUCAGGCCCCACAUUCUGCUGUUCGUCGCCUGGACGCCCAUCUUCCCCAGACUACUAUGCGAGAGAAGCCAUGCUGUUACAAUCUGGAAUACUCAGCAGUGCCUGAAUGCUACGACGACUCCCUUCCCAUCGUUGGACGGUCUCCUGCACAUGCUCUCAGUCUUACAUGCCGCUGGAUGCGCAGCCUUGUCAUCAACUUCGUAUCCCUUUGGCAGACUGAGAGUAUACUGUACCGAAAGAACGCCGAAUACUCCGGGAAGUAUCUCGUUUACAGACAAGAUGCGCGCGAGCCUAGUGUCUCGUAUGGUUCGCGCACCCUCGUCGCUUUGCAGGCGUGUUCCUGCUUUCUCAAGCGCCUCGGAACCUAUUGCCAGCUGGAGAGCAUAAAGGUUGCCAUAGCCCGCGAGAUCCCGGGUGUGCGAGCUUCCGACGCGGAGGAAUUCUUCGUGAGAUACAACACCAUUGCGCCCAAUACUCUGCGGCAUUUUGAUCUUGAAAUCCUCCAACAUUCUCGCACAGCCGACCGUAUCCACAUCCGUGCUGUUCGCACGUCGUCGCUCCUGUCGUCGCGCGCCAUCAAUACAUCCGUCGUUUUCUUCUCAUCCCAGUUGACCUCUAUGUAUCUAUUCUAUUCCCCAUCUCUGCGACCUCGCCUGGGUCCACGGUUCUUUGUUGCCCUUCUCGCUUGUAGCGAGCAACUGCUAUUCUUGACGAUCGACGCGGGGAGCGCUGUAGUUCACGCUAUGAACACCGUCACACUCCCGGCUCUACGAUAUUUCCGUCUUGUGGCACCCAUCCGAGAGGGAGCAUUUCUUCUCAGUCACUUGCGCCUUCCUGCCCAGGUCGACAUUCAUCUGGAGCCUGUUGUGGAGUGGCGCGCCACUGUGCCAACGUAUGAUGAUGAUGUUGAACCGCCGGUACUAUGGUCUGAGGUGCCGUUUCACCUGCUAGAUGAUGAGGCCGAUACGGGUAACCGCCGAGGCGCCAUCUGGCGAUAUGUCAAUGCACUCGCCGCGCCUGACAAGACAUCGGCGCUCUUUCGGGAUUUCCAUCCCACCGCCUUUCCAGCGCCUGAGAACUUGUGGGACACGCUCACCACCGUGGCCCUAGAUGUAAGACUGGAUCCAUCAGCAUCCUCGUCAGAGCGUGAAUGCGAGCGAUUCCCCGAGGCAGUGGGUGUUUAUUUCACAAAGGAUCUGCAUGGAAUGCACACCCUCCUAUCAGACCCAGGAUUGGACUGGGCGCACUCCCUCCCGCCAACUGCAAAGACGACCGUGCGCCGAUCUCUUAUCGUCAGAGACGGAGUGUAUGACUCUGUUAUUCGAGACAGUCUAUAUCGCCCACAGUACUUGAAACCGGUGUACGAAUGCAUUGAUUUCGUGUUGACGGCCGCCCUCCAAGGGGGUGGGCGAGGUCUAUUUUACGGAACCCCGUCUUGCCGUUGCCUAGUGCUCCAUGAAGCGUCGUUCAAACCUCGCUUUUCGAUGGGGUGGGACAGCAUACUCUCUUCUUUCCUCGGGGUUGAGCGCAUCGUCAUACGCUGCCAGCAGAUUAACCUUGACGACACUCUCCGACCGUCGUCGGAAGGUUGCCUUGAGGCAGCGCAUCUGGAGGCAUUGGCGAUUUAUCUGAAUGAUGCUGCACCUCCAGGUAGACAUCCUUGCAUCUACCUCAAGGAGAUCCAUCUUACGUGCCACGAACCACUGCCGUCAAACUCGCAAUGGCUCCGGCUUCACCGUGGGAAUGAGUUCGAGCUUCGGUUGAAACCGGCGCUCUCUCUGUGGAUCUCCGUCAAGCACACCAUGACCGCCCUUGACUCGCUAAAGAUUCUAGACGCCUGCGUAGACUACGGUGUUGGCUGCUUCAUCAAGGGGAUGUCAUUGCAGCUUCCUGUGCCAGAAAUCGACUCUCCAUCCGGACCUGAAGGCAUCCCUCAGGAUUUCCUUGCUGAACUACGAGUCGUGGCGCACAGAGUACUGGAGGCGGUUAAUCAUCAAAUUGAGAUACCCUUGAAUGCUAGGACGUAUGGGGCAUGCAUCGCCGCCCGGGCCCAAGAUGGUCGACGCCCGAAGUUCGAAGCUGUUUUGCAGCAACAAUUCCCAAUGCCACGCAUAGAAGGACAGAAUCGCCCAUGUUGCUUCAAAGCAGAAGAGGGAGAGAUCGUCAUGUGGUAUUUGCCAAACGUCUUACUUCCUGCGCGUCAGGCAAUCAUUGCUGAGAGCAUCCCCACCGCCGCCGCCGCAAUUGCCGCUCAUCCCCCUCAACCGGAUGACCCGGAUGAUCCCAAUAUGGAUAGUCCCCAGUGGCGUCACUCAGAAUUAUUCUAUGCCAUCGACGAAGGCGAGGAACGGCUUCGAUUCGGCCGCGGUAUGGCUACGCUAUCACCUGGGUGGUUUCAACAAGCACAGGAUGGAUGGAACGACACAUUACAAGUUUCAAGAGAUCUAGGGGCGGCGCCAGGGAGGCGCGAUAGCGCCGCACAGAUCAGCGCCCAGCGUUGGCUCGCAGAGAACAUUGAGACUGGAAUCUUGGUGUCUGUUAUCCUCGCCAUAGUACAUCCGGCACAAUAUCGCGAAUCUCGGGCGGCACUAGACUUCUUGGCCACUCUCCCAGACUUUGCGCAUCAUAUGAAGAACUGGACAUUCGUCUUCAACGCCGUGACGUUGAUAACGAAUAGACUCACCCCGGGACAUCGAGAUCGAGCAAGCGGCGGCGCAAACUUCUACGAUCUAUUGCUCACCAUUGGCGGUGAUUCACGCACAGUUUUGUCCCUUCCUGGCCUAGGGAUCCGAGUUCAGUACGACUCGGGCGCUGUUGCUCUUUUCUCAGGGAAUGAGCAUCUCCACGAGGUAUCGUCGUUCGGGAUGGAGCGAGCGUGUGUGGCGUGUUAUGCACGACCGGCGGUGAUGCGUUGGCUGAAUGCGAAACACCCUCCGCCUCCCUACGGGGAGGCUAUGCUGCCGCAUGGGUGGUGGCCGAUGCUUCUGCAGGUGCCCGGCGUUCGCAACUAUUUACCCAAAGCAGGCCUGCGAUCUGCUUCUGCUUUCCCCUGA